CACAUAUCGGCGCGGGGCGCAAGUAUCCGGGCAGCCUUGGGCAUGGGCGAGUGAACGCGAUGAGCCGACUUCCGUCCUUAUUGCUUAGGCAGGAUUGGAUUGCUUCGGCAUCGUACAGGCCUGGGCGGUGGCUGGUGAGGAUUCAUGACGAGUGUCCGGAUCGGCGUUGCUGCACUCACAGAAAUCAAUACCGUAUUAUCUUGCAGUCAUUUACUCCUAGGAUUCUGUCACAUGUGGUCGUUAUCAGCAUUGCCUCCAUUAUGUCCGAACGUUGGCAGGUGUUCAGGCUAUUCCUGUGCUUAUAACGAUGGUUGCAGUCCUUGCAAUCAGGCCUGAACGCGUGGCAAGUGAGUCGUCAAAGAAGAAAGAGCGGCACCCCAAGGCUAUCAGGGCGUGAAGAACGCCACCUAUUCAUGAACAUAACGCCCUCGGUGACGCCAUACAAAG